GGCCGUGUGUUCGGGCUAGCUUAACGGCUGCAUGACGGCUUCAUCUCAGCUUCAGCUAAAGAGCAAACCGACAUCAGCUGAGUUUGCAUUAAGUACCAUCCUUGUUGCUAAAAUACCGGAAUUUAUCAUAACGUACAAUUCAAGAUAAGCAUUUUGCAAAGUUAUUUAUAACGGUUAGACCAAUGAAAUAACUGUCAGCUGUCGUAACUACAGAAACAAGACAGAGGGAAAGGAGAAAUAACACAUCAAACCCGGCUAACAAAGAGGUUCUUUUUUCAACGACAACAUUUUUCCUCCAUAUUCUAUAGUUAUGAGUCAUGUGGCCGUCGAAAAUGUCCACGGUCUAGAGCAGCAGCUCGCUGUCUUAGACUUGAGUGCGGCGGACGGACAAGGUGGAGGCCCUAACCGAAAUGCCUUUGCCGCCGGUCGACAGGGGGGCUACACCAUAGCGCCGCCAGCCAACUAUGGUUGGGAUGGAGGGCGCAACAACUUUGUAAAUGGCUACCAUGACAACCGCAUGGCUGGCGGUAACGUGUUCAACCGCGGCCCGCCUCGCAUGGAGCGGGGCCGAGGUGGUGUCGGAGGGGGUUAUCGCGGCAACAGAGGCGGAGCCUUCAACCCCAUUAACCCUCCACAGCCAAUGGCUUUUGGUUGCUACGAAAAUAAAGAUGCCGGCGGCUGGAACACUGCCAAAGACACCUAUGGCAGUUUUGGCAACAACCGAGGGAAGUCUGCGUUCUUCAAUGACCGAGGCAACGCUAACAGAGGGCGGUUUGAGCAUGGUGGAUUCGGUGGUGGUGGAGGAGGAGGAGGUGGAGGAGGAAACAACAGCCGCUGGGUGGAGGAGCCCAGAGAGGAGGGAGACUGGUCCAAACCAACGCCACGUAACGAGCGCCUUGAAAAUGAAUUGUUCUCCGCCAGUAACACUGGGAUCAACUUUGAGAAGUACGAUGACAUUCCCGUAGAGGCCACAGGACAGAACUGCCCUCACCACAUCGAGAGCUUCCAAGAUGUGGACAUGGGUGAGAUCGUCAUGAGUAACAUCGCUCUGAGUCGCUACACCAGACCGACCCCUGUCCAGAAAUAUGCCAUUCCUAUUGUCAAGUCUAAGCGAGACCUCAUGGCCUGCGCACAGACAGGUUCUGGGAAGACUGCAGCGUUCCUGCUGCCGAUUCUCAGCCAGAUUUACUGUGAAGGACCAGGAGAAGCUGUCAAUGCAGCUAAAACGUCUGGACAGGAUAAUGGAAAGUAUGGGCGUCGUAAGCACUACCCCAUCUCACUGAUAUUGGCUCCAACCAGAGAACUGGCACUGCAGAUAUACGACGAGUCCAGGAAGUUCUCCUACCGCUCCAGAGUGCGUCCGUGUGUGGUGUACGGAGGGGCUGACAUCGGCCAGCAGAUAAGAGAUCUGGAGAGAGGAUGCCACCUGCUGGUGGCCACACCCGGGAGACUGGUGGACAUGAUGGAGAGGGGCAAGAUCGGACUGGACUACUGCAACUACCUGGUCUUGGAUGAGGCCGAUCGCAUGUUGGACAUGGGGUUCGAACCACAGAUAAGACGAAUUGUGGAACAGGACACCAUGCCGCACAAAGGCAUCCGACAAACCAUGAUGUUCAGUGCAACCUUCCCCAAAGAGAUCCAGAUCCUUGCCCGGGAUUUCCUGGAGGAGUACAUCUUCCUGGCGGUGGGCAGAGUGGGUUCCACCUCGGAGAACAUCACUCAGAAAGUUGUGUGGGUGGAGGAGAGUGACAAGAGGUCCUUCCUCUUGGACCUGCUCAGUGCUACAGGUAAGGACUCGUUGACUCUGGUAUUCGUGGAGACCAAGAAAGGCGCCGACGCCUUGGAGGACUUCCUGUAUCGGGAGGGCUACGCCUGCACCAGUAUCCACGGCGACCGCUCCCAGAGAGACCGAGAGGAGGCCCUGAGCCAGUUCAGAUCUGGGAAAUGCCCCAUUCUGGUGGCGACAGCGGUAGCAGCUCGCGGCCUGGACAUCUCCAACGUGAAGCACGUGAUCAACUUUGACCUUCCCAGUGACAUAGAGGAGUACGUCCACCGUAUUGGACGUACAGGCCGAGUCGGAAACCUGGGAUUGGCCACCUCGUUCUUCAACGAUAAAAAUGGGAACAUCACUAAAGACCUGCUGGACAUCCUGGUCGAGGCCAAACAGGAAGUUCCCUCAUGGUUUGAGAGCCUGGCCUACGAACACCAGCAUAAGAGCAGCAACAGGGGGCGCUCUAAGAGGUUCUCCGGUGGUUUCGGAGCCCGUGAUUACCGCCAGACGGCCGCCGGCGGCAGCGCCGGAGGGUUCGGAGGGCGUGGCGGUCGCAACCAGGCGGCGCACGGAGGAACCCGCGGAUUCGGAGGAGGUGGUUUCGGUAACUUCUACACCAGCGACGGUUACGGAGGAAACUACUCCCACUCCCAAGUCGACUGGUGGGGCAACUAGGUUCCUCCUCCCUCCCUUUCCUCAUCCCUCUCUCUUCUCACUCAUCCUCCUACCUUUCCACACACUGUUGUCUGCACCCCAUCCACCUUCUCCCCCUCAUUAACUCUAGAACUCACAUGCAUGUUAUUGAACUAUUUAUACUCAUUUAUAUAACCCUCUUCCCAUCCCCAAGUACUCAGAUCUUUUAAUUCUACUCCUUUUCUCGUUCUCUCCAUCUCCGCCUGUUGUGUUUAUGACCCUCCCCUUUUUCCUUUCAUUUCUGCUAAAUGUCACCUCUAACAAUAGGCCACAUUAAAAAAAGGAUACUUCAAUUUUAGUUGGUUAUUUUUAGCUUCUAGCUAGCAACAUCCUUUUGGUCUAAUGACAUUUUGAACAAUUUUCCCCCAGUGGCCAGUGUUUGAAGAAAAAUAACCAAUUGACUUUAAGUCCUAGUUGUUCCUUUUAGCCCCCCAAUAUUAGAUGGACGUUCGAUAUCUAGAAGUGAGAUAAAACACAGCUGGAGAAGAGCAGGGGGAAAUCUGUUUUUCUUGUUUUGUUUUCCACCCCCCUGAAGAUACAAGUUUUGGCCUGAUUGUGUUUUUGUCUGCAUUCACCCAAAGCCAGCCAGGCGUCCGUGUACCCUCACAUGUCAUCUUUGUAUGUAACGCAUGGCCAUGUUGUAAAUCGCCAGGCCAAAAACUUUUCUAAAAUAGAGCGCAGAGAUAGGCGAGAUGUCGAAUCUGAGCAAAAUAUGUCUGCAUAUAAAUUGAAGUCUCCUUCAUCCACACGAUAGAUACUCAAAAGCAGCCACAGAAACGGAAAUGUUUUAGUUUAGUAAAACCUUUUUUAAAACCCAACGAAGUCUUGAUUUCCUGAGAUCUGAGAAGGAUGUCUAACGGAGGCGAGGGAAGUAGGGGCCGGACAAACAGAGACACCCCGCCAGUGGGACGCCCUUUAGCAACGAUGCUAGCAAACAGUAUUUUCUUUGUUUGAAACGAAAUAUAAUGGAGGAUCAUUUGUUUCUGUACUGUGCCUUUAAGAAUUUGAACUUUCUGUUUUAAUUGCCAUACUGGUAAAUGGCUACAAGUUUUGGCCAACUGUGACUAAAAGUAAUAUGUAUUUAAUGUCAUGUAUGGGUUUGAACAUGUUUUUCUUUAUUUAUAUUUGGAAGGAAACAAACUAGGCUUGAACUAAAUCAAACCUUGGCAAAACUAAAACUAAAACCAAACCGCGAUGAGGAAACUCGAACCAAAUUCCUUGUCUGUCGAUUGGAGUUCAAAUUUGUCGGGUCUCCGAUCAGCCGAUUCCCAGAAGCAAAUUCCCACUGUAACCCUGUUUAUAGAUAAACCCUCAUCGUGAGGGAGUAAAACCCGAAGACCUCUCUGCCCUGCGGUCCGGUGAGCGGAGGAAACCACAGCGGCGUCGUGCCUUUUGGGGAAAACCCAGUGAGUCCUACUCACUGACCCACGCGUCACACGUUUGUUUGACUUUCUCAAAAGCCUCUCGUCGCUAACCGCUGGGUCGCCGAGCCGCCGCCGCCGCCAGAGAGUCGCUCGUGCAGCAGUCAUGUGACCUCACUUCCCGCACCCUUCGGACGCUGCGUUAACGAGAGAAACGAGGCACACUUUAAACGCCCAAAGUAAAAAAAAAAUGUCUCGCUCACUCUAUCCUGGAGAGUCUUCUCUAAAAAUAUAAGUCAUUCCAGUUUAUCUGUUGGGUCCUCGCGAUCCGUCGGGGUCGGGGACGACGUAGUGGGGAGAGGCCUCCCGGGAAAUUGUUAAUUCCUAUCAGGUGAUUUGUUUUGUUUACAUUUAUGACUUUGUUGUGGGUUAAAUGUAAAUAGUUAAACUCUUCUUGGAUCAAAAAGAGAAGAAUCUCCGGUGAGAGAGAAUGUGAAUUACAAGUAAAACUGCACGCGUUGUGUGGGGAAAAAAAAUCACGUUUGAUCACUCGACGUUGGACCAGUGUCGGGUCACCAGCUCGGUGGGCAAUUUGACAACAGGUCGGCAGAAUUAUUCUUUUGAGAUAUUAUUUAAGGAAAGGUUUGCACAAAUCCAAACGGUCUGAUUUACCAGGAUGUCGCUCCCCUCAAACUGCCCACCGGGCUCGACAAAUGACAAAAGGCUGGACCAAGACAAUAAAACAUAUGCAAGUGUUGUUGUUUUUUUGGUCAAGGAGUUAAAAAAAAUAAUAAUUAAAAAGCCACGCAAAUAGAAAUAAUUCAACAGCAGGCUUCAGUUGUGUUACGACUCUGAUUUCUUUCCCGCCACCUAUGAUUCGUGGCAGUUUAUUUCCCUCGUUGAGCGGGUAGGGAGGUUGGAGGAGAGUUUCCAGUGAAGCUGGAGGACUCAAGCAAGGGGGAGUCGGGAGGGGGGGGCCUUAAUGGACAGUUGUCGUAGGGUGCAAUGUUAGCUGGUUAAAGGGAGCCGCCGCUGAUUUUAAGAUGGAAGAUCAGCAAUAGGACAAGAAGUGUAAGAUAACAUUGCAUAUGACAGAUGAAAUAUGAAGGACUUCCUUAGUUUGACUCCCUCAACACAAUCAGCAGAACUCUUAAAGUUGCACUUGUUUUAAAUGGUUUUCUUAACUGUCACAUUUUAAACCUCCCGCCGUGCAGGAGACGCUCGGGCAGAGCGGAACCUUCCGGCAUCGCAGUCGAAUACGCGCUCUGAUUCUGUCCACCUUUUUUUUCUUCUUUUAAAUGCUGCCUGAAUCGUCAGCUCACACGAUUCCCCGUGUGAGAGGAGAUGUCGUCGGCACAUUUGUUAUUUGGAUCCAUGGCGGUUGCCAACCAGAAACUUGGCGUGCAGCGAGGGGCGGCCUCUUGUGUUUCAGUAAUGUCAAAUACGCUCUCCUUGCUGCCUCAAUUUCAAAGACGUUGUUUUGUUUGUUUUUUUACCGAAUGCCAGUAGUGUGAAUCGAUGCCUUCUGACGGCCGCCAGGGGCCCGUUGGAGCGCCAGAGGACUCGUGAGGGAGCGGCUGAUAUGGUACGAGGCUCAUUUCUGUAGGCUGUAAUCCCUAUUGAACUGUGUUUGGAGCAGCACCACUGCGCACCAAGACCCCCCCCCCCCUCCUCCCACAGGGAAAGUAAAAUAAAAAUGUUUUUUUAAAAGCCAGCCCAAAGUCGGCCGUGUGCACGGUGCCUUGAAGUGACGCGAUCACUGAUUUAAGCGCGCUGGUUAGGGCUGGGUACUUUUUUCAACACGUUACCGGUUUCUUCUAGAAAUGUGGAGGCCCCCCGGUCCCCACCCUCGCCCCCACCCCCCCCCCCUUGAGGCUUCAGGCCCGCGUGGCUUCGGGGAAGAGGUUGAGCAGCUGUGCCGUGUACAGCCUGCAGCGGUGAGCCUUGUUUAAAGUUUGUUUGGACCACCAGCUUCAGCGAACCAAAGGAGACGAGUUCUUUGAUCCUCGUUUAGGAUUCCAGCACUUUUACUUUUUGGGGCGGCUUUUUAAAUAUUUUUAGAACCUUUUUUUUAGGGUGAUACCCAGCCCUAACAGAGAAAGCUUGUCGUUGGUUACACUACAGACAGCAUUACCGGUGUGGCCGUGGUGAACGCUUCCGCGUCGCCGCGGUUACCGACUUUCCGGGCCCGGAGACGUUUGAUUGUGAGCGAGAACGAUUGUCGGUGCUACGCUCGCGUUGCUGCGGCCUGCAGGCCCUAGAAAUCCCACCCGAGAACACGUCAGCCGCUUAGUCGCAUGCUGGACCAAAGUCUUCUGUAGUCUGAGUGCUUCGCAAACCUCAGAGAGGUGUGACGGAGUGAGAGUAGCGCAGCCAGGUCAAAAAGAGGUUGUGUGCGCGUGUGUGUGUGUGCGUGUGUGCGUGUGUGUGUGCGUGUGUGCGUGUGUGUGUGUGUGUGUGUGUGUGUGAGUGUGCGCUCCUCUGGAUAUGAAACUGUUUUUUUUUUGUUUUUUUUGGGACCAGGUGGAGUCGUAGUUAACAGCAACCGCAGGAAUCAGCUGUUUGCACACAGAGUUCUCGAGUCUACUUUCGCUGCUAGUUUGUGUAAUUUAUCAAGCAUUUUUGAGAAAUAUUUAUUUUUAUAAGCCUAAUACAAAAGUUGAUAUUUUACAAAGUGACUUGACCAAAAGACAGUAAACAAAAACACUGGCACUUGAAUGUUGAAUGUCAUUGGUAUGAGUGAAAAUUUCUAUUUUUCUGGGGUAGUGUGAGCUUUUUAAUGUUAAAGAUGCAAUGUGUAGGGAUUUCUCCUAAAAUGUGUCACCGCUGCAUCCGGGAAGGGGAGGGGCUUACGUGCGACUACAGAAAAACGGCGACACCGGUGCCAAAAACUGAGUCUGAUCAUGUGUAUCAAAAAAAACAAAACAAAAAAAACAGCCCCAAACACCAAUUCUGUGUUUGAGGCCGCAAGAGUUUAAACUCAUUGAGCCGAGCUGGCGCCUCGAUGGAAGUCGAGGUCUUCGCAGCCGUCCUCUUAUUCCUCCCUCGUCAGUAAAAACAGGUUUUUAAAGAAGCGUAAGAACCGUACGAGAAGUCCCACUAGGCCACGCAGUGAAGCCCGGCCGGUCAUCGCCGUGGAUACGCGUUCUAAGGAGAAAGGUCCGACGCGGUGGACUCCGUAUCAGAUCCGUGCGCCUGUCGUCUGUGCGAACAGGUUCCUUCCGCCAAUAGUGAAAAUCAAACACUCAAGCGCCAUUUUUAAUUGGCAGACAAAAUUUGAGACGAUACCACCAUAUAUGCCAAGGUUUGGAUUAAUAAAAAAUAAAUUAAAACGUUAUGAUCAAAGACCAUUUUGUAAAAAAACAAACAUGCAGUACAAAAAACAAGUGUCCAGAUUCUCUCCAAGUCAGAUGUUUAUUUUUCUGUUUUGUUUUUGUUCAUUUGAGUCUUUACACUUUUCCUUCCCGUUUGAUACCCUUGUUGUGAAUGUCUGGCAAGUGGUGAUCUUUAAAGUCUUCAUAACACAGAAUUAACUGUGGUUCUAUUGCUAUGUUGUUGUGAUUUGCAUAUUUUCAGGCGUCAGUGUGUUAACGCUCAUGUGUGGGAGCUUCUGGCCAAUCAGAAAUGGGGGAACGGACGACCUGCCGACGUCCAGCCGCGCGUCUUUAACGCGAGUAGCUGAUCCAUACGACACGGUAUCGCAGCUUAGCCCCCAACGGACCAGAAUGCAAUGCGGCCCCAGCCCACCCACAAUCAAUGACCCAGACGGACUUUGUGCGUCGCUGAAUUGUCACGCGUUGCCGCCUC